CUCUAAAUGGGCAAGCCCUAAAGAGCCAAACAGGCUUUUAAGAAAGUGAUUGUCAGACCGGAUCGGUCCAUGAAUUCGUCUGAAACUGCACUCGAAUUGUGUUGUUUAAUUCUACUCUGAGAGAGAGAGAUUGUGUGAGAGGAGAUCAUGAGUUCGACGGGGACGCACUCCCUAGCCUUCAGGGUGAUGAGGCUAUGCAGGCCCUCGUUCCACAUAGACACCCCUCUCCUUGUCGACCCCGCUGAUCUUAUCGUCGGCGAGGAUAUCUUCGAUGAUCCGAUCGCCGCGUCCCAUCUCCCGCCUCUUAUAGAUGGUCACAUCGGCGGAAAGACCAGCACCGCAGACUCCGCGGAUCUCAGCUACCGAGCCAGAUUCGUCCUGCACCACCCCUGCGACUCCAUUGGCCUUUCUGGCCUCCUUAUGCUCCCCCAGUCAUUCGGGGCAAUAUAUUUGGGAGAAACUUUUUGUAGCUACAUAAGUAUCAACAACAGUUCUAAUUUCGAGGUUAGAGACGUUAUUAUCAAGGCAGAAAUCCAAACCGAGAGACAGAGGAUCCUUCUUUUGGAUACAUCAAAGUCAUCUGUUGAAUCAAUACGUGCAGGAGGGCGUUAUGAUUUUAUUGUUGAGCAUGAUGUGAAAGAACUUGGUGCUCAUACGUUGGUGUGCACUGCAUUGUACAAUGAUGGUGAUGGCGAGCGUAAAUAUCUUCCACAGUUUUUCAAGUUCAUUGUUGCCAAUCCACUUUCAGUUAGGACAAAGGUUCGUGUUGUCAAGGUCAUGGGUUCAGUCCUGGAAAUAGCUUCUCUGGAUUCGAGGGGAAAUACAUUUUUAGAGGCGUGCAUCGAAAACCACACAAAAUCAAACCUUUAUAUGGACCAAGUUGACUUUGAGCCAGCUCAGCAUUGGAGCGCGACAAUACUAAAGGCUGAUGAACAUAAUUCCAGGAACAAUUCUGGGACGAGAUCUGCAUCACACUUAUUAUCUGGCAUUAUUGAAAUAUUCAAGUCACCAGUCCUUAUUAGAUCUGGUGGAGGAAUACAUAAUUUUCUUUAUCAGUUAAGAGCGACUUCACAUGGUCCUGUCCAAAGCAAUGUUCUUGGUAAAUUUCAGAUAACAUGGCGUACAAAUUUGGGGGAACCUGGUCGCUUACAGACGCAGCAAAUUCUUGGCACUCCCAUUAUUCAAAAGGAGGUCGAGUUACAUGUUGUGGAGGCUCCUGCUGUAAUCAACUUGGAUAAACCCUUUUCGGUACACCUGAAUCUCACAAAUCAGACUGAUAAGGAACUGGGCCCCUUUGAGGUUAGGUUGUCACAAUUUGACUCAAGUGAAGAGGAGAUGGCUAUUAUGAUUAAUGGCCUCCAAACAACAGUUAUACCAAAUGUAGAGGCAUUUGGAAGCACAGAUUUCCACUUGAGUUUUAUCGCUACUCAGCUUGGAGUUCAGAGAAUCAAAGGGAUUACUGUGUUCAACACAAAGGAAAAGAAAUCAUAUGACCCAUUUCCAGAUUUGGAGAUUUUUGUGGAUUUAGAUUGAAUGGUUGGGCUCCAAAAAUUUCACUUAAUUUUUAAUGGUAAUUCUUCCAUACCGAGCAAAAGGCGUGAAGGCCUGUUACAUAAUCUGUCUUGGCUUAUUCGAUCGAGCAGAUUUGAGUUGGAGGAUUACUAUGUUUAGCCAGCUUGAUAAAUUGUUUGUGCCUUCCAUCUGAAAGCUGUUCUAUUCCCUGCAGGGAAACAUGGAUGAAUUUCACUCAUGCUCUUUUCUUUUAUUUUGGUGGGGAGUGAUUGAUAUGUGGAGAUGCAGUUUGUUUGGUAUAAUUUAAGAUUCUCUACUAAUAUUCAGCUGAACAUGUAUGAACACUCAAUAGGUAAGGUUAGGCAAUUGAGGCCCAUAGAGCCCAGUUUGCUUUAAAGUUAACAAUGUCAUGCAGAUUUUUGUGGAUUUAGAUUGAAUGGUUGGGCUCCGAUGUUCCA